AUGCCGUGGGUGCUCGCGGAUUACACCAGCCCGCACUUGAACCUCGACGACCCAUCAUCCUUUAGAGACCUCUCCAAGCCAGUUGGAGCACUCAACCCGGCACGCCUUGCAGUGUUCAGAGAGCGGUACGAUGAGAUGCCUUGGGACAAGAGUGGAUCAGAGCGCACCAAGCCUUUCCUCUACGGCAAUCACUACUCCACCCCUGGCUAUGUGCUCUACUGGCUCGUGCACUCUGCACCGGCACACAUGCUGCGGCUGCAGUGA